ACAACACAAAGCCGGCAGUGAGUGCAUCCUGUCGGCAUGGGGAGGGUGGCAUGGAGAGAGGCUGGGAAUGGAGAGGGUGGUCUUUAAAGAGAAAACAGGAAACUAGGUUUGAAAAUAGAAAGAUUAAGCUGAAGGGUGUGGGAGAGACAAGAAAAUUAGGUGAAGAAGGAAGAGGGGGAAAAGCAGAGAGGCAGUGGGGAAGACAGAAAGUGACACAGAAAGGGGGUGGAGAAAGACAGGGGAAGAGAGAGAGAACCUAUUAAAGGAAUAAAACCCAGCAACUGAGAAGAACAAGAAGUCCAACUCAACUACAGAAAGGAAAAGUGCUAAAGGAAAGAGAGGAGACAGAAGACAAGAUACAAGAAAUCAGAGGCUGUGUCCGAUUCUCCCUUCAAGAUCUCUCGCCCCUCCUGGUGAGCAGAAAUGGGGGACUGGAGUUUCCUGGGAGAGUUCCUGGAGGAGGUUCACAAACACUCCACGGUGGUAGGGAAGGUCUGGCUGACUGUGCUCUUCAUCUUCCGGAUGCUGGUGCUGGGCACAGCAGCGGAGUCCUCCUGGGGGGAUGAGCAGUCUGACUUCAUGUGCGACACCCAGCAGCCUGGCUGCGAGAACGUCUGCUACGACAAGGCUUUCCCCAUCUCCCAUGUCAGGUUUUGGGUCCUCCAGAUCAUCUUUGUCUCCACCCCAUCUCUGGUGUACAUGGGCCACGCAAUGCACACAGUGCGCAUGGAGGAGAAGAGGAAGAUGAAGGAGGCAGAACUAGAGGCCCGUGAGAUGAAGAACAACAGUGACACGUACUACCAGCAGAAGUCUGCUGCGGUGGAGAAGGCUGAACUGUCUUGCUGGGAUGAAUCAGGAGGUAAAAUCAUACUCAGGGGCAGUCUGCUGAACACGUACGUCUACAGCAUUUUGAUUCGCACAGCCAUGGAAGUGGCCUUCAUUGUGGGACAGUACAUCUUGUACGGCAUCUUCCUGGAGACCCUGUAUAUCUGCCAGCGGGCACCUUGCCCCCACCCCGUCAACUGCUACGUUUCCCGCCCCACAGAGAAGAACGUGUUCAUUGUCUUUAUGCUGGCUGUGGCAGUGCUCUCCCUGUUCCUCAGUCUGGCCGAGCUGUACCACUUGGGCUGGAAGAAAGCCAAAGAGAGGUGCUCCCGAUCCUACAAGCCCAGCCCCAGCACAGCCCCUGGCAGACUGGAGUCUGCCCCGCAAGCAGAGAGGGCCCAGAUGUACACUCCUCCACCAGAUUUUAACCAGUGCUUGUCGAGUCCCAAUGGGAAGUUCAUCAGCCCCUUCAACAACAAGAUGGCCUCGCAGCAGAACACCGCCAACUUUGCCACCGAGAGGGUCCAGGGCCAAGAUGAUGCUGCUGGUGAAGGGCCCUUCAUUAAGUCCAGCUACUCGGAGAGCCCAGAGGUGGCCAACGAGUGUGCAGCACCCGCCUUCCCUGAGAACUACUUCAAUGAGAAACGCCGGUUCAGCAAGGCCAGCCGUGCCAGCAGCAAGGCAAGGUCGGAUGACUUGUCUGUGUGACCUGGCUCCAGGCGGGAUGAGAAGAAGGAGCAGUCUCAGCACUUAGCAGACCUUCUGCAAAGUGGACUCCAGACUUUUGCCACUAACCUCGCUCUGUUUUAACACCCUCUUGCUCCUUUCCAGUGAACAUCAUUGUUGUAUCGCAGACAGCUCCUGUCACAGCUUAAGGCAGGGACAGCCACUGGGAGACACCCACUGAAGAGAGGCACCGACCUCAAGAUGUAAAGCUCUAAGCUGUAUUUUCAUCAUGGGAUGCACAAGGAUCUGAAACUCAUCAUCCUCAGCCUAGCAGAGCACAGGCCAGUAGGCUCCUCAGGCUGACCAGCAGGUAUCUGCUGUGACACUGUAUUCAACAGAGUGAACCUCAACCCCCUUACAUCUUUUGUGUCUAUUCAACAUUUGCCACAUCAGCUUGGCAGUUACACAGAGCUGAAGCUUCCCUCACCUGCAGGAAGCAGAAACACACUGGCCUUCUGAAAGACUUUCUCAUCUACUUUGUUCUCAGCCUUUCUAACCCUCCCUUUCUCCUCCUGAGCCCAGAUAUUUUAUAACAGUUUACCUAUACAAUAAAGCCUACUUGAAUUUUUUGACAUUGUGUAUAUAACAAUUCCCAAUAAAUAUGGAUGUCCAUGGGCCCCCCGCACAGCUGCCUCGUGUCUAACAUUGGAAUCCCUUCUUCAUUCCUAAGUCAGCACAGCAGACUGGCCCCAGGGAUAUCACUUAGAUGACUGGUUGAUGAAGACCAGGGAAUUUUCCCAAGACACUUACGCCAUCAAUUCUAAGCAAGACAUCCAUUAACAGAAAUAGAAAGUCUCCUGUGAGAACAGAUAUCUCACUAGUAAAAAAGAGCAAUUAUCAUGUGGAGACAAAGAGGGUUUUUCCCUUUUAAAACUCAUCUUUCAAGCAACUUGAAUGCUGCUGAAAGGGUGCUGCCAGCUGCCAACUUGAGAGAAAAACAUCCUCUGAUUAUCUGCAGAACAGGUACAGCCUGUGUCUGCUCCUCACUAACUUACCAACACACUUCAGCAUCUUUUGCCAGAAGCAAGAGUCCUCUCCAGGUCCUGCACAUCUUGGCUGCUCUCUCAAGCCUGCCAGCCAGUGCAAGCCAAGACAUUUGUCCUUGCAGCAAGACCCUGUUCUGCCAUCAAGUCACCUUCAUCUCCACUCCAUCCUGUAGUGUAUAUCAUACAAGAAACCACCCAUGGAUCAGCUUUUCCCAUCUCUGUAACUACUCAGAGCAGCCACUGGGGCCCAGCACUGCACAGUGGGUCUGGUGGAUGAGAUCUGUAGGCAGCUCCCACUCCAGAUACCCCAGUGCAGAACUGACAUCCCUUUUAAAGAGAUUUGCUAAACAGAGCUAAGCUGCUCCCUGUUGUUUACCCUGCACUGCCCUUUCAGACAUGAGACACAGCUUCCCAACACUGGACUAUGAGUGAAUGGCCAGGACCAGGUUAUGAGGGGACUGAGCCAUUCCCUUUCUUAAGGCCACUGAAAGGGAUUGUGAAUCCUUGCUCCUGAUACAUAAUUAGCUUUGGUACAGUUCCCUGUACAUAUACAUAACACAUUCACACACAGAGGGGGGAAACUAUUUCUUUUGUUUGUAAGGUGUUUCAUAUAUGUGUAUUUUUUAGUUCUGGAAAGACCUGUGUGCUCUCCUUAACAUGAGACUUUAGUCAAUCAUGCCUAAGUUUCUCCUAAUAAAGUUCUAACUCCA